AUGCAAUUCGCUACGUUCAGUCGCGCUCAGCCUGACAUCUUGCAGGCAUCUUUACUGCGCCAGAUCGUUGCAGGGCCACGGGCCAGACACCCCGAGGCUGGUCUGGACCUAUGCUAUGUCACUGAUUACAUCGUUGUCACUUCCGGACCCAGCUCCGUUUGGCCAAAGAAAGCCUACCGAAAUCCACUUGACCAACUGGUCUCUUUCCUCGAUCGCAAGCAUGGACAAGACUGGUCGAUAUUCGAGUUCCGAGCAGAAGGUACGGGAUACCCAGACAAGGAGGUGUAUAACCGCAUACACCACUUUCCCUUCCCCGACCACCACCCUCCCCCGUUUGCCUUGAUCCCAAAGGUCAUGGCCGCGAUGCGAAAUUGGAUCCAGCGAUGCGACGAGGCUACACAAGAGGCGGAUACGCAAAAUCAGCGGCCGAGAAUUGCUGUUGUACAUUGUAAGGCCGGGAAGGGACGCAGCGGGACCAUUUCAUGCUCGUAUCUCAUCAGUGAAGAAGGGUGGGAUAAGCAAAAGGCCUUGGCCCAGUUUACAAAUCGACGCAUGCGGGCCGGUUUCGGCCAGGGCGUGAGCAUUCCCAGCCAGCUACGAUGGGUCGACUAUGUCGACAAGUGGACAAAUCAAAUGGGCAAGUACUACAAGGACGUACCGGUAGAAAUACUGGAGAUCCACAUCUGGGGGUUGAGAGAUGGCGUGACAGUUACGGUGGAAGGAUAUGUCGAAUCUGGGCGUAAGAUCCACAAGUACCAUAGAUUCACCCGACAGGAGAUGACAUUGCUGGGAGAAACCAGCGACGAACGAGCUAGCAUUUCAAGCUCCAAGAAAGACCAACACGUGCUGAGCACUCCUCCAGCAGGCACGCCUCGGUCAUCAACGGUCAGUUUGAGCACUAGCGCGAACACCUCACAGGACGUCAUACUCAAACCAUCUACCCCCGUCGUCCUACCGUCAAGUGAUGUCAACAUCGACUUUGAGCGACGAAGCAAGGCCACGGCAGGGUUCACCAUGAUGACCGCGCUCGCCCACGUGUGGUUCAAUGCAUGGUUCCACGGCGGUUACGAUGGCCACAACAGCGGCACGUUCGAGAUCAAGUGGGAGGCCAUGGACGGCAUCAAGGGUAGUUCCAGAAAGGGCACGAGAGCACUUGACAGACUGGCUGUGGUCUGGAGAUACAGGGAAGAUGGCAGUGACAAGGUCGUGCCUGAACCGGCAAAAGGAGAACCAGUACCCGAAAACCCCCCGGCUGACUGGCGCGGUGAGGACAACCCGGAGGCCAAGCCCGCGGAUGGUAUCGACAGUGGUCGACCUGGAGGUGCGCUUCUGACCAUGGGGGCUACCAUAAAUGAAGGAGCAAGUACCUUGGGCAAGGAACUCGGAUUGAAAGAGAAAGAGUCCGAGUCGUCCAGUGAAAGCCUAGAAGGAAAAUCCAUUCGAAAAGCCGCGGGGGUGCAGCAGGCCGAGGAAGAUUCUGGAGACGAAGGCGUCCGGACGUAUGGCUUGAACGGGGAAAGCCACGUUCCAUACAGAGAGGAGGAUGAAGGAAGGAAAGACACAGCGACCGGUCAUAGGAUGGAAGCUGGUUUGGCCAAGGCCGCGCAUAUCGUGUCUAAAAUGAAACCCUCGGGUCAGAAGAAAGACGGCGAGCGAGAGACUCCUGGUUCUCAUGUGCACGGUGAGGCAAAGCAUGCUAUGGACUCGAGUGACCCGUCUCGGUCUCCGGCAUGA